AAAAAACAAACAAAAAAACAAGUAUAUACACAGCAUCACUAGCAAUUUAAAAUGCAAAUUAAGGUAACUUUAACAAACUAAAACCCCAACAACACAGGAGAAGAGAAGUUGACAUAUUAACAUGAUAGAAUAUUAUGUAGCUUAUGUAAAUGAUUUGCAUGAAAUAUGUAAAUACCUGGGCAAUUAUAUAGACACACUGAUUACAAACUUGCCAAAGACUGGAAACCAUUUGGGAUGAUAUAAUUCACUGGAUUUUUUUCCCUACAGUUGCUUAAAUUCAUUAAAAAAUUCUAUUGUAAAUGUAUUGUUCUGAUCUUUAAACACAUGCCUCUCUGACCACGUGUCCAUCAAGACCUACUUCUACUGUAAUACUGUAAUUUUGUGGGGAUUAUAUUUGUGGGAGUUCCUGGUGAAGACAAAGGAAUGCUAUGGGCUACUUUAACAUUUUGGAUUACUGAGCAUGGGGAAGGAGGAAGCCUCUCUGGAAGAAGUGUUGGCUUACCUUAACCACAUCUACUGUGGGCAGAUUUCUAUUGAAACAACUCAGCUGCAGAGUCAGGAGGAGAAAGACUGGUUUGCAAGUAGAUUUGAGGAAUUAAAAAAGGAAACAUUCACUACAGAAGAGCGAAAACAUCUGUCCCGACUAAUGCUGGAAUCUCAGGAGUUUGACCAUUUUUUGGCCACCAAAUUUGCCACAGUAAAGCGAUAUGGUGGUGAAGGGGCAGAAAGCAUGAUGGGUUUUUUCCAUGAGUUGUUAAAGAUGGCAGCCUAUAGUGGUGUGACAGAUGUCAUCAUUGGAAUGCCCCAUCGAGGGAGACUUAAUUUAUUGACUGGUCUUCUACAAUUCCCACCAGAGCUGAUGUUCCGUAAGAUGCGUGGCUUAAGUGAAUUCCCAGAGAGCAUCUCUGCUACUGGAGAUGUCCUUUCCCAUUUGACCUCUUCUGUGGACCUUGAUUUUGGGUCUCAUCGACCUCUUCAUGUUACAAUGCUGCCCAACCCCUCGCACCUUGAAGCUGUCAACCCUGUUGCUGUUGGUAAAACUCGUGGAAGACAGCAGUCACAGUUAGAUGGUGACUACUCUACAGACAGCUCUGCACAGCCAGGAGACAAAGUCAUAUGUCUGCAGGUUCAUGGUGAUGCUUCUUUCUGUGGUCAAGGGAUUGUUCCUGAAACGUUUACCCUCUCUAAUCUCCCACAUUUCAGAAUUGGUGGAAGUAUCCAUCUAAUUGUUAAUAACCAGCUGGGUUAUACCACUCCAGCAGAAAGAGGAAGGUCUUCUUUGUAUUGUAGUGACAUUGGUAAGAUUGUUGGCUGUGCUGUAAUCCAUGUUAAUGGAGAUGACCCUGAGGAAGUGGUCCGGGCCACUCGCCUGGCUGUGGAAUACCAGCGCCAGUUUCGCAAGGAUGUGAUUGUUGAUUUGCUGUGUUACCGGCAGUGGGGUCACAAUGAGUUGGAUGAGCCCUUCUUCACCAAUCCCAUGAUGUAUAAGAUCAUUAGAUCACGAAAAAGCAUCCCAGACUCCUAUGCAGAGAGCCUUAUUGCCCAUGGGCUUAUGACCCAGGAUGAAGUAUCUGAAAUAAAGACCUCUUAUUACUCCAAGCUCAGUGACCACCUGGCUAAUAUGACACUUUACAGCCCACCUGCAACUAAUCUGCAAGCCCACUGGCGGGGCCUUGUGGAACCUUCUGCCAGAAUCACCACCUGGGACACUGGUGUACCCAUUGACCUCCUGAGAUUUGUAGGAGGAAAGUCUGUGAAAGUACCUGAGCAACUUCAGAUGCACAGUCACCUUCUAAAGACCUACGUUCAGUCCAGGAUAGAGAAAAUAAAGGAAGGAACGAAGUUAGACUGGGCCACUGCAGAAGCUCUAGCCUUGGGCUCAUUACUUGCUCAAGGUUUUAAUGUCCGUCUGAGUGGUCAAGAUGUUGGUCGUGGAACCUUCAGCCAGAGGCAUGCAAUGAUUGUUUGUCAGAAAACAGAUGACACAUAUAUCCCUCUGAACCACAUGGAUCCUGAUCAGAAGGGUUUCCUAGAAGUGAGCAAUAGUCCUCUGUCGGAAGAGGCUGUUCUGGGAUUUGAGUAUGGAAUGAGCAUUGAAAGUCCCAAGUUACUGCCCAUCUGGGAGGCUCAGUUUGGUGAUUUCUUCAAUGGAGCCCAGAUUAUAUUCGACACAUUCAUCUCUGGAGGUGAGUCCAAGUGGCUUCUUCAAAGUGGCAUCGUCAUUCUCCUUCCACAUGGUUAUGACGGGGCUGGACCAGACCAUUCUUCCUGUAGAAUGGAGCGUUUCCUACAGAUGUGUGACAGUGUGGAAGAAGGAGUGGAUGGAGAUAAUGUCAACAUGUUUGUGGUGCACCCGACUACCCCAGCCCAGUAUUUCCACUUGCUCCGAAGACAGAUGAUUCGAAACUUCAGAAAACCCCUCAUUGUUGCUUCUCCAAAAAUGCUACUCAGAUUCCCUGCAGCUGUGUCGAGUUUUCAAGAAAUGGCACCAGGGACAACAUUCAGACCUGUCAUUGGUGAUUCUUCUGUAGAUCCUAAAAACGUCAAGAACAUCGUUUUCUGCUCAGGCAAACAUUUCUAUGCUCUGGUGAAGCAAAGAGAAACUUUAGGGGAGAAGAAAGAGGACUCUGCUAUCAUCCGCAUAGAAGAACUCUGUCCUUUCCCACUGGAAGCAUUGCAGCAGGAGUUGAGCAAAUACAAAAAUGCCAAAGAUUUCAUUUGGAGUCAAGAAGAACCACAGAAUAUGGGUCCAUGGUUUUUUAUCUCCCCGAGAUUUGAAAAACAGCUGGCCUGCAAGCUUCGUCUGGUGAGCAGACCUCCUUUACCAGUACCAGCUGUAGGAAUUGGAACCAUACACCUGCAGCAGCAGGAAGAGAUACUCACCAAGACCUUUGCUUGAGGCCUUUCUCUGAAGAAAUGCUCCUUCCUUUCAGAAACUGCCUUAAAAAGAGGGGCCUCUAUUCCUAAUUCAAGCUCAAGCUUCCCAGCCUGUUGUUAUCUUAGAAGUGGGACCUUACAAAGGCAGAUGAUUGUCAACAGAGAAAACGGGAUGGAGAGGCUUGCAUGUGAACUUUUCCUGAAUCCUUAAUUUGUUUACAGUAGCUAAUCUAUUUUGGCCAGGGCUAUACUCUUGAAGCAAGGUAGGGAAUCCUGAGGCCUUUUCCCCUGAUUGUCUCCCAAACUUCUUUUAUCCUCAUUUUCUGGGUAUGAAUGUGCAAAAGAUCUGUGAUUUCAUCGCAUUCAAGUUUGGAAACUUUCCCCAACAAUACAGAUCAUAACAGAGUAGGUCUUUGACUUAACGGAGAAGUCCUGGGGGGUUACUUGAGAUAUACAAGGUGUCUCCAAAGCCUAAGUGUAGUUUUAAGCUUUAAUACAUUAAACUGUUCAACUUCAAUCACUUAAAAGUGUGCCAAGACUGUUCGGACACCUUAGUAUCUCACAUAUUGGUUAACUGACCUGAUCAAGACCACAGCCAAUCAGUUUUAGAGACAACAUUUGAACUCUGGUCUUCUUCUACACCAAGCUGCCUCUACAGUUUUCUAGAUUUUAUAAACAAAAUGUUUUCAUACUUGAGUCACCGUUGUAUAUCAUCUCGAUUCUCCAUCUCACUUGUUAUUGUAAACCUAGCUUAGUUUCAUUGCUUUUUUGCCUUUCUACCUUCCCACAAUUCUUCUGACUACCAGUAGCUUUGGAUUUCAGUAUAUAUUGGAAUCUGGGGUGCUCUCUGUUAAAACUAUCUUUAAAAAUGUUGCAUCAAGUGCUUCAGCAAAGCCUAGAAUGCUCCUAAUUUAUGCUUUUAAAGAUUGGGGCACUUUACUUGGCCAGUUAUAAUGACCCUUUUUAAUUAAAGGAUUUGUGAUCGGUAAGCUACAAUAAUACUGAUUUUCAGAUAGGUGCGAUUUGGUGCUUCACUGAAAAUGACCUGUAGCCUCUUAUCAGAGCAUCCUUUCUCUUUCAAAUUGCUUUUAGAAACAGUGACUAUAACCUUUGGAGAAGUGCUAAGAGGAUUUCAAUGCUCUGGCUGUUACCUGUAGGAGCCAUUUAUGAGGGAAUGGUGGCUAUUUGGAGGUGUAUAAGAAGUACUAUCUUAUUUGACAGAGGAAAUUUCCUGAUCCAAGAUUCUCAGGGACUCUUAGAAGUCACUGUCCUCACUGAAGAAUUCUGAAAUGAUACCUUGUACUAGAGGCUUAACUAAGUAGGUUCAGUCCUGUGCAGCUGAACCAGUUGGAAACCCGAUGCUCUUCAGUACUUGCACCUUCACUGCUGGAAAGAACCCAUCUACACUUUUUUUUUUUGUGCAUAUAAUUGGUAGAGGUGGGUUAUGUUUAUCAGCUUCUCCUGCUUUGAGAACAGGUUUAUCACUGUUAUUUGCAACAUACAGUAGCAAUAGGUGUGUGUAUUGAUCCAAAGUAUUAUGUAUAGUAGUAGUAUUAAUUUUCCUUUUAUUCAUUUAUUCCUUAAUAUUCCUGCUCUGAGUAAAGACAUAACUGUGCCAGUCAUAAAUUGCUAAAAUUUCAAAGGUCAGUGUAAGGUGAGACUUGUUAUUACCGAGUUCCAAUUUUAACUGGAGAAAAUUAAAGCUGUAACACAAUCUAAUCUUUUCAAACCUCUGCAGUUUUUUGAGCAAAAGGGAAUGCUUAUUUAAACUAUAAACAUGACCAAAUUAAGCCACCUUCUUAAGCAGCUUUCCCAACUUUUAAUUUUACAAAUUAAUCAGCUCCUCUUCAUUUCACUCCUCUAUAGCUUCAAUGAUGAAACAUAAAAACUCAAUUUUUUUGUCAUCUUAACCUUGCUCACUUCCAAUUAUACUUUGAAUGUCCAUGUAAGAAAGAAAUGUCCAAAGAGUUUCAAAUAAAAUGUUUCUUGUUAAUUAAGCAUUUAUUUCACUUUCCUCUUAGACACGGGAAGAAUUUUAAAAUAAUUCUAAAAUGCUUAAAAUAAUUGAUCUUACCCAUUCCCAAUUGUAUCCAUGUAUGUGUUGAAAGAAAAUUCAAAUUGCCCCCAAAAGCAUAAAAAUUGGUUACAGCUAGACUCUUGGGGUUUGGGGGAAAACAUAAAGAACUGUUUGAAUUGCAAAAUUUCAUCAUGCAAAGCUGUUUACCAAAACCAUUAUGUUCAGUGAAUGAAAUAAAGUCUGAGUUCACAACUGUGAAAAUGCUUAUUAGGUCUGAAUAAAAUUAUAUCUUUUACUUAA